AAACUCUUUUUGCCGAGAAAGUACUUAAGAUUUGCAUGCGAUUCGAUCGAUUAUAUUCAUGGGAAAUUAUGUGAUUUCCUUUGAACAGCGAAUCAUCGACUAUUCCGAGCGUAACAGAAAAAUUGCACAUUUUCAAGGAAAUCCCAUUCAGGACAGGACAAGACGAGAAGCCGAGAUAGCGUCCACCAACUGGACCGCUCUGGCCGACGAAUGGAUUGCGGCGAAGGCCAGAGCCGCCGAAAAGAUGGAUGUCGCUCUGCUGCCGUUCAACGAAAGAUUUCGGGAAUUACCACCCACGGUGGAGACUUUUGUUGUUAACGGUACGAAAGAAAUGGCACGGUUGAAUUACUCGCGGAUGCUAUGGGAUAUGGAAACUGUCCAACCAAGUGGACAUCUGUCCGGAUUUGUUGAUAAAGCUCUUAAACUUCUAGAUCUGAGGCAAGUCAUGAUGGAGGUUGAAACCUCCGUAAUGUCCAUAAUAUCUUGUACUGCAUGCAAAGUAGGAGCCGGCCUGUUACAACAUUACAUAAAAGUCGGCAAGAGCGAUGAAGAAAUCAUGGCCAGCAUUAAUCAAUUCUGCGUGUCGCUUAACAUACAGAGCGCUCGAGUCUGCCACGGACUCACUCUGCUUUUUGGGGGGGAAGUGAUCUACGUUCUGAAACAAGUGAAUAUGGGUCCAGCACAAAUCUGCAGCCUCAUGAUCGGCGAUGCAUGCGACGACGCGUUUAAUCCACUACACGAAUGGGAGGUGGCUUUUCCACCAGUCAAGAAACCGCCAAUCAAACCGCCAAUACCUCCGCAGGAAGGCGCGCCGACCUUCAAGGUGUUGCAUAUCUCCGAUACACAUUAUGAUCCCUAUUAUCAGGAGGGCGCGAAUGCCGAAUGCAAUGAACCGCUCUGCUGUCGGCUGACAAACGGCGCUCCUUUAACGGCCUCAGCCGCCGCUGGACGGUGGGGCGAUUACAGAAAAUGCGAUACACCCAAAAGAACGAUCGAUCAUAUGCUCAAGCAUAUCGCCGACACGCAUUCAGAUAUUGAUUACAUUUUGUGGACGGGUGAUUUGCCACCUCACGAUGUGUGGAAUCAAACGCGAGAAGAAAACCUUAAAGUAUUGCGUAAUACGGUCGCACAAAUGGUCGAGAUGUUUCCCGGCAUACCAAUUUUUCCUGCGUUGGGAAAUCACGAAAGCGCGCCGGUCAACAGUUUCCCACCACCCUUUGUGCCUGAAGAAAAUAGUAUCUCAUGGCUGUAUGAUGAGCUUGACAAACAAUGGCGACGCUGGCUGCCCGACGGUGUAUCACAUACUGUCCGUCGCGGUGCCUUCUACUCCGUUCUAGUUCGACCAGGCUUCAGAAUUCUCUCUGUGAAUAUGAAUUAUUGCAACAACAAGAACUGGUGGUUGUUGAUCAAUAGCACUGACCCGGUCAGUGAGCUACAAUGGCUCGUGUAUGAACUGCAAGGUGCCGAAAUCAAUGAUGAGAAAGUGCAUAUAAUCGGUCAUAUUCCACCUGGACAUUCGGAUUGCCUUAAGGUGUGGUCGAGGAAUUACUAUCACAUCAUCAACCGCUAUGAGUCAACAAUCACGGCCCAGUUCUUCGGGCAUACGCAUUAUGACGAGUUCCAGAUAUUCUAUGAUACAUCAGACCUCGGCAGAGCGCUCAGCAUCGCCUACGUCGGUCCUUCAGUUUCGCCAUAUUAUGAUUUGAAUCCCGGCUACAGAAUAUAUUAUAUCGAUGGAGAUCAUUCAAAGACUACAAGAAUGGUCAUCGAUCACGAGAGCUGGGUCAUGAAUCUCAAGGAAGCAAAUCUUUACGAUUAUCCGAUCUGGCAUAAGUUGUAUAGCGCGCGACAAGCCUACCAAAUGGCAUCGCUCUUACCAAAGGACUGGGACUCCCUAAUUGACAAAAUGACCAACGAACCAGCCCUCUUUGAUCUCUAUUACAAGCAUUACUAUAAAAAUUCUCCAGUGCGACCGGCGUGCAAUGACGAAUGUCGCAAGAGAUUGCUCUGCGAUUUGCGCAGCGGAAGAAGUCACGAUCGGAAAGCGUUAUGUCAGAGUUUAAUUUUGUUUUGUGUUUUGUAUUAUCAUUUUCUUUUUUUUUUUAAUUAAACUUUUCAAGAUAUAUGCAUAUGAUUAU